AUGAAUGUUGACGUUUCUCUCGAACAAGACGAACGCGUUUCUAACUUGACAGAAAAUUCGAAACAAAUUGAUGACCGCAAUGCGUGGAACAAAAUUGAUCUUUCAAAGAUGGUUAGAAAAGGUAAAUUUUGAAAAUGUGAGAAUGUUAGCACUUCAGAAGGAAUAAUUGUUAACCAUAAUUUAUUUUUAGGAACUGCGAUGAAAACACUCCGAAAUGAAUUAAGGAUACAAAAGAGCCCAGUACUACCUUUUUCAACUUCAUCACCGCCUGAGGUAAAGGUUCCAAGCAAAGAAUCGACAACCAUCUCCCACUCAAAUGAGACAAAAUGACAAAACGAUAGCACUAAAAAUAUAUCUUCAUUUGAAAAUCAAAUUUUUCACCAGAAUGAUUUGAAGGACAUAGACAAAAGAGAAACGUUCGCUUCACUCACAACUCAACAUCUCCGGAACAGACGUGAAAUUGAUUCGAAAUCUGAGUAUACACAGGAAGAUUUAUUAUUGUGCAACAAUUCAAUCAUCAAUAUAAAAUACGAUGAUGAAUACAAAGUUCAGACGGACUUUUCGGACGAACUUUUCAAUACUCUAUGA